UACAUUAUCAGGGUGUAUUCAUGCCAUCACAGCCUUGUUAUAUCCAUUCUCAUGGCAACAUGCUUAUGUACCUGUAUUACCUAUACAUCUACUUGAGAUGUGUUGUCUUCCUACGCCAUAUAUCAUUGGUAUAUUAUCAGUUUGUGUUCCUGAAUUGGACAAUUUAGAGUUAGAUGAGGAAAAAGAAAAUUAUCAGCAGUUAUCACCCCUACAUUUAGCAAAAAAUAAAGAAAAACAAAUUUUAGAUAAAUACAGAUAUAACACAGUCCAAGAUCAGAUGGUUUCUGAGGCAUUUAUGAGAUAUUUUGUAGAAACAGUUGGCCAUUAUAAAAUCUACAUGAAGAUAUUCCCAAAUGGUAGUGUACAUUUCCAAAAGGAAGCAUUUGUCAAAGAAGUACCUUCUAAGAGUAUUCGGAAAUUCCUUGAAGUUUUUAUGGAAUCUCAGAUGUUUUCUGUUUUGAUCCAUGAAAAAGAGAUGGCUAAAAUGAAGUCUAUUCAAGGAACAUUUGACAAGCGUGUUGAAGAGUAUGCUGAAGUGACUGCUAUAAUGCAGCCUACUGGUUUAGCUAAAUUGGGUAAUCGUGUCAGAGCAUUUGCUGAUAAUAGUGACACUCAGGAAGUUGGCUCUAAUGAUGCUGAUAGCACUGUUUUGGCCGAGUCAAGGGCAGACAAUCAUCCUCUGGUCAGUACUAAUAGCCCAGCUGUUCCACUUACACAUGUACAGGCUAUCUUUAUGCUCCUGACAGUCCAAGUUAUCACAGACUGGGUCUUAUCAUUGCCAAACAGAGGGUGA